CUCACGCACUUCCACCACACAGUAUGUAUUGUGCGGAUGUUGGGCAUAGCCACUCUCUCUGACUGCUGUGUGUACAUUGGAAGGAGUAAACAAGUGUAAAAUGGUCCAUAGAGACGAAAUAUUAAAACCGAUUUGGCACGCGUUCGGCGCGUUGGAUGUGGACCGGAAAGGAAAAGUGUCCAAGUCUCAGUUGAAGGUUCUGUCGCACAACCUGUACACGGUGCUGCAGAUUCCAUAUCAGAACUGUGAGCUGGAGGAACAUUUCAAGGACGACGAUGAAGGUCCCGUGUCCACGCAAGGCUACAUGCCCUAUCUGAACACCUUCAUCCUAGACAGGAUCCAGGGCCAGUUUGAUUUCCAGGAGCUGAAUAAAAUGUGCUGGACGCUGUGCGCCCGUAAGAACAUCAGCAACAACCGCAUGCUCAUCUCCGACGAAGAUGCUUUCAAAGUCUGGUGUAUUUUCAACUUCCUGUCUGAAGACCGAUAUCCGCUUGUGAUCGUAACGGAAGAGAUCGAGUAUUUCCUGAGGAAGCUGUUGGAUGCCGUGAGCGGGAACUGGAACGAGGGCAGGUUUGUGGACUAUAAGGCCAAGCUGAGUUUGAAGCAGAAUUGUCUGAAUGUGUGGGAGCUGAUUGAGCUGGUGGGUAUGGGCUACUUCACCAAGGGCAUGGACCGCCAGACCACCAGCCUGGGCAUCACCGAGGUCUACCAGGAGCUCAUUCUGGAUAUUCUCAAACAGGGCUACAUGACGAAAAAAGGCCACAAAAGGAAAAACUGGACAGAGCGCUGGUUCGAGCUGCGUCUCGAUUCAAUUUUGUACUACGUGAGCGAGGACUGCACUGAGAAGAAGGGCUCCAUUUCACUGGACCGUCACUGCUGUGUAGAGUCUUUACAAGACAAAGAAGGAAAGAGAAACCUCUUCAUCAUCAAAUGUCAAGACAAAAGCCUGGAGAUCAGCGCCUCGGACAAAAAGAAACGGCAAGAGUGGAUCCUGGCCAUCCAGGACUGCAUUAACCGGCUGAGGCAGGGUCUGUCUGCACCCCACCGUGAGGCUCGACAGCGGCGACGGGAACUGCGCAGCCGCCUGCAGGCAGAACAAGCGCUGAUGGAGGAACAGAUGAAAGAACUGCAGCUGGCCAACGAGAAGAAACAGAGAGAGCUGGAAGCCAUGAGAAGGAAUCUGGAUGAGGCGGCGGCGAGGGCUGUGAUGGAGGAGCAGAGAAGAAUUCGAACUCAAACAGAGCUACAGAACCACUACAGAAGUGACCUGGAGAAAGAAAAAAUGGUGCGGCAGCAGAUGGAGGAGCAGGUGGAUCAGAUGUCGGGCGAGCUCAGGUUGUACCUGCAGCGUGUCCGGGAGCUGGAGGACAUGUACCAUCGCCUGGAGGAGGCGCUAGAGGACGAGAGACAGACAAGACAGGACGAGGAGAAUCUGCGCAAACUACAGGCCAGGCUCCUGGAUGAAGAGGUGAGGAAGCGCACCGAGCUGGAGCAGAUUCACCUGCAGCAGCAGCGAGCCAUCAGUCAGACACAGCAGGAGAAAGAGCAGCUGGAGCAGCAGAGGUCGGAGCAGGACCGCGCCCUGCAGAUGGCAAUGCAUCAGCUGGACAGUCUGGAAAAGCAGAGACAGGGGGCGCUAGAGGAAUACGAGGCUGUGAAAAGGAAACUGGAGCAGGCGGCCAACAAGACUAAGAGCUGGAAGGAUAAAGUGGCACAGCAUGAAGGGCUAAUUCGACUCAUCCAGCCAGGCAGCAAAAGUCCUCAGAAAAUGACCAACUGGGGUCCGGCGGCGUUCACAGACAAAGAGCUGGAAUUGAGAGAGAAGAUUUGGCAAGGGAACAAGAACAAACCAGACAGUGCCCUAUAAUCUGUUUAAAAUGGUUGCCUAUUUGGAUGCAAACGUAUAUAUUUCUUGAUCCUGAUUUAUGAAUUACUUGGAUGGUUGUUAUUUUUUAAUUUCUAAUAAUCCACUGUGUUGCUGCGUAACAGCUCCAGUGUGGAGAUUGUUCUCUCACCCCCGCUGUUCCCGGGGUAGACUCCCAUCUCCACUGUGCCCCUGAUCAUAAUAAAGCAAAGUGAAGAUGAAUGAAUGAACGAUUAAUCCAGUUAUCUCUGAAUGUAUAAACAUAACGAGCUUACAGCUUUCAACUGAAGUGUAAUCAUAUCAAUCACACAAAAAAAUAAAACUUAUGGAGGGUUUGUGUCAUAA